GGAAGCCAUAUUUAAUUUCAAAAUGGCUGGAGCUGAGGGAGACGAUUCGCUUUACCCCAUAGCCGUGUUAAUUGAUGAACUACGAAAUGAAGAUGUUCAGUUGCGGCUGAACAGCAUUAAAAAGCUGUCCACAAUUGCCCUGGCCUUGGGAGUUGAGAGGACACGCACAGAACUCCUCCCCUUUCUUACUGACACCAUUUAUGAUGAAGAUGAAGUGCUUCUUGCCCUGGCUGAGCAGCUUGGUAAUUUCACCAUGUUGGUUGGAGGACCAGAGUAUGUCCACUGUCUCCUGCCUCCUCUGGAGAGUUUGGCCACAGUGGAAGAGACAGUGGUUAGGGACAAGGCUGUAGAGUCGCUGCGUAAGAUCUCUCAGGAGCACUCGCCUGUGGAUCUGGAGGUGCAUUUUGAGCCCCUGGUGAAGAGACUGGCCAGCGGAGAUUGGUUUACCUCACGCACGUCAGCCUGCGGCCUGUUCAGCGUCUGUUACCCUCGCGUCUCUAGCACUGUCAAAGCAGAGAUUCGCCAGCACUUUCGCACUCUCUGCUCCGAUGACACCCCCAUGGUCCGUCGCGCGGCAGCCUCAAAGCUGGGCGAGUUUGCCAAAGUCCUGGAGCUGGAGUAUGUCAAAAGCGACAUCAUCUCCCUCUUCACUGCGCUCGCUUCUGAUGAACAGGAUUCUGUGCGUCUGUUGGCGGUGGAGGCUGGUGUCAGUAUUGCCACCCUCCUGCCCCAGGAGGACCUGGAGACUCUGGUUAUGCCCACUCUGCGCCAAGCCGCCGAGGACAAGUCCUGGAGAGUACGCUACAUGGUGGCUGACAAGUUCUCAGAGUUGCAAAAGGCUGUUGGUCCGGAAAUCACCAAGAAUGACCUGGUCCCAGCAUUCCAGAACCUGCUGAAAGACUGUGAGGCAGAGGUCCGUGCUGCUGCCGCCAACAAGGUCAAAGAGUUUUGUGAAAAUUUGCCUGAAGAUGGCAGAGAGACCAUCAUAAUGACUCAUAUUCUACCAUGUGUCAAGGAACUGGUGUCAGACACUAACCAGCAUGUGAAAUCAGCACUGGCCUCCGUCAUUAUGGGUCUGUCCACUAUCCUGGGCAAGGACAACACCAUAGAGCAUCUGCUCCCACUCUUCCUGGCCCAGCUGAAGGACGAGUGUCCGGAGGUUCGUCUAAAUAUCAUCUCUAACCUAGACUGUGUCAACGAGGUGAUUGGCAUUCGCCAGCUGUCCCAAUCUCUGCUGCCAGCCAUCGUGGAGCUGGCAGAAGAUGCCAAGUGGAGGGUGCGUCUUGCCAUCAUCGAGUACAUGCCCCUGCUGGCAGGCCAACUGGGUGUGGAAUUCUUUGAUGAGAAGUUGAAUUCCUUGUGCAUGGCAUGGCUUGUUGAUCACGUUUAUGCCAUCCGAGAGGCAGCCACCUGUAACCUGAUGAAGCUGGUGGAGAAGUUUGGAGCAGAAUGGGCUCAGAACACCAUAGUUCCCAAAGUGCUGGGUAUGGCCAACGACCCCAACUACCUCCACAGGAUGACCACUCUCUUCUGUAUCAACGCUCUCUCUGAGGCUUGCGGGCAGGAGAUCACCACCAAGCACAUGCUGCCUGUGGUUCUGAAGAUGUCCAACGACCAGGUGGCCAACGUGCGCUUCAACGUCGCCAAGUCCCUUCAGAAAAUAGGACCGGUCCUGGACAGCAAUGCCUUGCAGACAGAGGUGAAGCCAGUGCUGGAGAAACUAGCCACAGACCAAGACAUGGAUGUGAAGUACUUUGCUCAGGAGGCCAUAAGCGUUCUCGCCUUGGCCUGAUCAACUUCAUUUUGGGAUUCCACCGAACAACCGUGACAAAGCAAGACUUGUUGCAUUCUAUUUAUUAAUAGUAUUGAAUGGUCGGUUAUGUAUUGCAAAAUCAGUUGAUUUCAUUAACGUCCGUGUUUUUUCCCUUCACUGUCAUUGGUAUUAAAUUGAUCUUGGGGUAGUGCAGGGGUUUCUGCUUUAAUCUUACUCUCGCUGUAAAAUCUGCCUUUGCUCUUAAUGGCACCGUAGUAAAAGAAAAAAGAAAAAAAAAAAAAAUCAAGCACUGCAUGCUCGAUGGUGUGCGCCGUGUCGUCCAUACGAUUCCAGUUAACCUUCUCUGCUCGAUGUACUCGACUGAGCAGCUCUCGUAGAAUCUCCGCUCGCGCCCAAAAACUCGCCUCCACAACGCGACAGCUGUUCUUAGACCCGAGAUCCCGCUACAGCAGAUGGUGUAGAAAUCGCAUCUUCUUGGUUUUCUUCAGAGGAACUGCAAGCUCUCAGCACAUUGUUUACAUGUGUUUUCUCUUGAGGGAGAAGGCUCGUGUAUUUGUGAAGCAUAACGCGGCAUCUUCAGUGGAUCCGCGGCUCGUACUGCUCUGCGUUAGCGGCCAGGCUCUUUUUAAUACGGUCAACAAACGUACGACCCUGUGCCACCUGUUUUUUCUAUGAGGGACCAUCACAAAUGUAUGAUUUGAUAACACUGAAAACUUGACUCUUUCUCCAACAUAGAUUUAUGUUAGGUUUUUUUUCUUUCCCCUUCCCCAGGUAGCUUUAAGAGUCUUAAAUAGCACUUGUUUUAGGUCCUAGAAGACAAGUGACUGCCCUUUUAAUAACUGUCCACUCCUUCAUUUUUUUUUUUUUGUGCCAAUAACGUCCGGACACCGACAGAAAUUUACUUUCAGCAGUUCUUUUCGAUCGUCCCUCGGAUUUGCAGUCGCCGUGCUCCGUUAGUUCAAAGAUUUUUGGUUUUCGUGACUCGGUCUUUAACGAGGGAGACCCGUUUCCGCUGCUCCUGUGGCCCACAGCGUGACGGUGAGCAUGUAGUGCAUGCCUGGGCUGUUCGGGGAGAUGAACACUCACAGUUUUAGUGGGAGAAUGAGGAGUGGGUGAAAGGACUACUCAGUAGUACAGUGAAACUCUCCCUUACAUUUAGUCUUUAGUGUCCCCUCUUUAUCGGGAUCCCAAAUGAACUUUUACCGAACCCUCUCUUGUAUCAUGAAAAUUUUUAUUUUUUUUUGUUCUGUUUUUGUUUUGUUUUUUUUUGUUUGUUUUUAAUACCACAACCAGAGGCUGUACUGUACAAUGAGAACUGAAUAAAGUGAUACAAAAUGUUA